AUGCGCGCGCCCAACGCCGCCGUCGGCGUCGCGCCGGCGUCGUCCUCCGCGUCGCGAGCGAUCGCGCUGUCGUCGCGAUCGUCGCGGCCGCGCGCCCUCCGCGCGCGCGUCGUCGCGUCGCCGCGAUCUUCGCGCGGUUUCGCGAAGAAGAAGAAGCCGUCCGAAGAAGCCCGCCCGCGUAUCGUCACGCGCGCGUCCGCCUCCGCCGCGAACGUCGCGCUCGUCGGCCUCGGCACGCGCGGCGGCGUCGUCGUCGACGCGCUCGCGCUCGGCGGCCCGCUCGAGCGCGCGGAGUACUGGGCGCUGAACUCCGACCCCGUGUCGCUCCAGGCGAGCGCGUGCGCGAACCGAUGGCGCCUGCCUCCGUCCAACGUGGACGUCUCCGGGCGCGCGGCGCGCGAUAACGCGGAAGCCGCCGCGCGCGAGAUUCUCGCGGGCGGGAGCGGGCGCGUCCCGCCGGACGUGAUCGUCGUCGUCGCGUCCGCGAACGAAGCCUCCGGCGCGGGUCUCCAAACGAUCGUCGCGCUCGCGGAGCUCAAAGAGCGCGGCUUCCGGAAGCAGUUCGGCUUCAAAGUCGGGUUCAACGGCCUCGCGGGGCCGGCGGCGAUGACGCACGCGGGGCCACUUCUCGUCCUCGCGGUGACGUGCCCGUUCGACUUCGAAGGCCCGCGGAAGAGCGCGGCCGCCGCGGACUUCCUGGAGAAGGCGCAGCGAGAGGCGGACCUCCUCGUCGUCGUGCCGCAGCAAUCGCUCACGACGUUCAGCGUCUCCGCCGGCGGCGACGCGCUCACCGUGACGGAAGCGACGCGGUACUGCGACACCGCGCUCGCGUGGAGCGUCUGGACGACGCUCGAGUCGUUCGCGUCGCCCGCGUGGGUCGGCGCGCGAGGGUUCGGGGGCGCGGAGAACACGAGCGCGUGGACGGAGUCGCUCGCGACGCAGGCGUUUCGAGACGCGAUGACGGGGCGAGCGGUGGGCGCCGAGCGCGGCUGCGGCGCCGCGGUCGUCGGCCACGGCGCCGCGGUCUUGGAGUUGGGCGCGUCGCGCGUCGCGCUGGACGACGCGGAGGCGGCGGCGGUGUCUUCCGCGGUGAAGCGCGCGGCGGAGGAGUCGCCGUUUCUGACGAACGACGUCUUCGCGAGCGCGCAGUUCGCGACGUGCGCGAUUCGCGCGGGGCGGAGGUUGUCGCCGGCGGCGCGCGCCGCGGCGAGCCGCGCGCUCGCGGACGUCGCGGGCGCGGCGACGCCUCAGAUCAUGACGUACAGCGCGCCGGAGGACCCGGCGCGCGCGGCGAGGGAUUGGAUCGAGGCGACGAUCAUGGUGGUGUCGCCGCCGAGCGAGGCGUUCGUUCCGAAGGCGAACAGGAGGGGUCCCGGGGGCGGGAGAGGAGGGGAGGAGAGGACCGCGGCGCCGUUUCCGUCCGUGCCGGGGACGACGGGGAUACGGAACGGCGCGCCGGCGGCGGCGGAGCAGACCGCCGAGGCGGAGCAGACCGCCGAGGCGAUGCGAAAGCUCGGGCUUCUCGCCUCCUCCGACGCUUCCGCUUCAGACGCGGACAUCGCAGCGCGUCAGGCGCGCGUCGACGCCGCCGCCGGUCGCGUCGCCGCGCUGAAGGACGCGGUGAGCGCGCUGCGACCCGCGACGCGCGAAACCUUCGCGGUGGCUCCGGAGGUCGCGAAACCUCCGAUGCCCGACCCGGAAGACGUCGCGGACGUCGUCCCCGCGCCGGUGGCGAAGGCCGCGCCCGCGAUCGAUGCGGGGGGCGACGAUCCGGAUCCGUUCGCGGCGGCCGCGGCGAAAGUCGCCGCGGAGGCGGCGGCGGCGCUCGAGGCGGCGAGGGCGUCUGAAGCCGCCGCCGCAUCCGCGUUGGCGGCGGCGGCGGCGGCGGCGGAGACGGAGCGGCGGUCGCCGGCGGAGCAACCGGUGCUCUCCACGACCGCGUCGUCCGCGUCCGCGGUGUCCGCGGCGGCGGCGGCGAGGGAAGGAGCCCCCGCGCUUUCCGUCUCCGGUCGACCGAAGCGCGCGGUGCACGUGCCGUUACCGGCGACCAUCUCGAACGUCGCGCCGGCGGUUAGAAUUCUUGAGAUGGAGGAAGACGCCGACGGGAACGUCGUGGCGUACCGCGACAUCACGAACGUCGCGUACGACGACGACCCGGACGCGGACGCGGCGGAGGAGGACGCGGGAGAGCCGAAGAAGAAGAAGAAGAAGAAGCGCGGGCUGUUCGGAUUCGGCCGCGGCGGCGGCGACGACGACGACGUCGAAAAAGACGACCCGUUCGUCAGAAACCGACUGAUGAGCGUCCUCGAUAAGGACCGCGGCGGGUGGCGCGCGCCGGUCGUUCGCGUGGAGUUCAACGGCGCGUGCGUGUACGAGGGGGAGUGGGUCGGCGGGAAGCAAGAGGGCGAGGGGAAGCAGGUGUACCCCGGCGGGGAUUGGUACGAAGGGCGAUGGCGCGCGGGCGUGCCCGACGGACGAGGGCGGCUGCGGUACGCCAACGGCGGGAUGUUCGAGGGGAUGUGGCGCGACGGCGUGCCGUGCGGGCCGGGGGUGUUGGAUCUCACGGAGCAAGGCGGCGUGCGCGUGGACGGGCGGUGGAGUAACGGCAAGCUCGAGGACGAGUGGGGGAAGGUGUAG